CCACCGGUUCACUGAGUUUCUCUUCGUCGACUGUAACAACACGAGCCUCCUGUCAGCAAGGUUAGGCAAACAGCCGCUGAUAAAACGACUUCCAGGUUGCUCUUCCCAAGGCCAGAGCACGCAGGCCGUUGAACGCGGAGCCCAGACGAAUGCCCUCGGUGUGUGUGUGUGAACCUCCUGGCAGCAACACCUGCCACAUAGCGCUGGCCGAUGACAGCGCGGGGCCUUGGUGCCAUGGUACAGGUUGGCUUAAUGACUUUGUUUAUACUGUUUAGGUAAUCGUGAUAAGGCCGCCCAACCCACUGUCCCCCCCUCCCCGCCGGUGCUUCAUUGAGAAAACGGCCGUUGACACCGCGUGGAGAGCCAAUCGGCCCAGGGAUGACUGGGUUGGGUUUUUUUUUUUAACGAGGACCGCUUAAUCACAAGGCGGUCAAGGCUGUGGAGGGGUGUUUCACUGGUGAUCCAGCUUUAUAAGAGCCGGUUUGAGCAGCUGUGGGCUGGCAGAGCUAGGAGGACGGGGGAGAAUUCAGCCUGCGACGGAGGGUUUGGGAGGCAUUUCACAUCUCUCUCCUGGCCACUGUAGCAGGAGCUGAGUUUCACCAAGGAUCCAAUUGCUAGGCUUAGCUCUGACCACCAGCAGGAUGGAUGUGGACUGUGAGAGGUGCCAGUGCCACGGUGAAGACAAGCGCACCGCCAUCCUCUACACUCUCCUCAGCCAGAACCUCACCCACGGCCGGGUCGGCCACAGCCCAGCCCACCAGCACUGCCUCUGCCACCAGCGCCGGACCGUCUGCCUCCGCACGCCCCACAUCACCUGCCAGGCGGCCUCAAACGUGCUGGUAAAAACCAUCACCUUCAUGAAAAACCUCCCUUCCUUCCACCUGCUGCCGCGAGAGGAUCAACUCCUGCUGCUGGACAGCUGCUGGGUUCCCCUCUUCCUCCUGGGGCUGGUCCAGGAGAUGGUAACCUUCGAGGUGAUGGAGACCCCGGCCCCCAGCAUGCUCAAGAAGAUCCUCCUCGAUGGCCAAAGCGAGCGUCAGGAGCCCGAGCGGACGCAGCCCACGCUCGCCGCCGUGCAGCGGCUGCAGUGCUGCCUGAACACCUUUUGGAGCCUGGACCUGAGCCCUAAGGAAUACGCCUACCUGAAGGGAGCCAUUCUCUUCAACCCCGAUGUCCCCGGGCUGAGGGCCUCCAUGUACAUCGAGAGCCUCCAGCGGGAAGCCCAGAGAGCGCUUCAGGAGGUCCUGCAGCCACUGCACCCCGAGGACCAGGGCCGCUUUGCCCGCAUUUUGCUGAUCGCCUCUACCUUAAAAUCGAUCCCUCCCGCCCUCAUCACGGAUCUCUUCUUCCGACCCGUCAUCGGCAACGCAGACAUCGUCGAGCUCAUCGCGGAAAUGCUGUAUGAAAUAACCGGCAGGCAGCUGGUCCCCGCGGCACGCGUGGCGUGCUGAGCCGCCGCGCUCGGCGCCAGCCCCGUGGAUGCUCCCCACGCCUCGCCGGGCAGCAAAGCAAAUCUAGGAGAGGGGAUUUAGCCAGACAGGACUGGCUAUUUAUUAGCUAUUUUUUAAUGAAAGACAGGAAUUAGCCAUUCAGCUCUGGGCUCUGCAGCGAACCGCGCAAUUCGGUAGGGCUGAGGCCAGAGGAUUCAGCCAGGCUGCGGCAGAGCACACGGAGAAACGGCUCCGGUUCAGCCCAUGUUUACAGCAGCUUCUGCUCCGCCUGUGCCGGUCUCCGUUUCAGGUAGCAUGUGUGCAGGUGACGGGUUUCUUUCCCCAUUACAUAGCCGGAGCUGCUCAGCCACCUGCAAACAGACCGUGGAGUAGGUCAGGUUAGAGCCCGGUCGUGGUUUUUACUCAAUGAAUCCUUGGUCCCAUUAAAAUCAAUGUGCAUUUUGCUGUUAACUCCAAGAGAUGAGGAUUGGCCUCAGCUAACAGCUUGAUUCUGCAGCGUUUAGGCACGCUGAGUAACACAUCUUCAGUGGGGUCGCUUACCGAGCGCAAACAGCAUGGAAUUAGGUCUGGGUGAAGUCUGGGUCUGUCUAUUGUGCUUGAAAUCUUAGAAAUAUUGAUGAAGGAUCUUCCUCAGGUGCCAAGAGGAAAAAAGCCAGAGAAAAAUCGUACCAAGUGUGCAGAUUCACCCCUCCUACCUGUCCUUAGAUUGUUUCUUUUCUCCAUAACGCCAUGAAACACAACAGAGCUGCUCGCAGAGCAAUGGGUUACCUAAGAGCACCUAAACCCCAUGGCACAUCAUCUUGGGCUGCGGGCUUACCUUGUUCAUGCGAUAAGAAGUGACCCCCCGAGCUGUGAAUGCUACAGAGGAGAACCAAACGUCCCUCCCUGGAGUUGCAGCUGGGGGCACGUGUGGCACGCCUGGAAAGCUUGCUCCUCCUGCCUGCAGCUUCUGCAACAAGUGAAAUGUCAGUAUUUUAUAAGUGAAUAUUCUUGCGGUUUGUAUAUAAGAUGCAGUAAAUUAUUUUUUUAAUAAAAUGGUUUACAUUUUGGAA